ACUUACAGAUCACAGUGCUUUAUUUGGCAGAAAAGACAGUAAAGUAGCAUGGUCUGUCACACUUGCGCAGCAUCUCCUGUCGAAGCUAGCAGUCAAUAGUACCUACACUAUCGAUUCAGGCCCAGGACCAACAUUGCAAGGAGCUACAAGAAAGUGUUUCUGUGAAUUGAAGGAUGAGAUGGUAGGAAAAGUUGGAGAUACAAGCUAUGGUUGUUUAAAAGGAUGGCAUGGAAAAUCGGACAUCAUAAUGAAAGAUCUUCCAGUAUCUCUAUUUUUUGGUGAUGAUGAUGUUAAAGAAGAUGAUGAUCAUCAUCAUCAUCAUGAUGUUACAUGUGACAAUCAAUCAGUUUCUUCACUUGAAGAGAAAGUUGCAGACAAUUUUGUAAAAAAAGAUGUUAAUCAGAUCUUGGCGCAGACAAUUGUUUUUUCAUUUUUAAAACAAAAACUGAACAGAGAAAAACUGGAAAAUUACAUGAUACCUGGUGUAGGAAUCAAAUCAAAGCAUUUUAUGGUUUGCUUUUUUGAUACAGAAAAUGAUGUUUUAUUGCAAUCUAAACCUGUAGAACUGUUUGAAGGAAAAAGUAUACGCACUUUAGCUGUUUUAUUUCUCUGGCUGACUCUUAAUUACAGAAUCUUUUGUUCAGGAAUAACCCAUGAGAUGAAAGAGAAACAUUCUGAUUUCAUAAUAAAACUUCGAGAUGACCUUCACAUAUACCAGGAUGAAGUUAUGAGGCCAGUGAAUGUACCAUGUAUAACACAACAAGAGCUGUAUCCCUGGGCAAUGGAGCCAGUGACUUCAGAAUUCAGAGUCAAGCCAUCCUUAAGAUACAGGAAUGUGCUGACUUAAGUGCA